AUUUCUGGGAGUGAUGAAUGUCGCAGUAGCAGGCCUGCUUGCUCCUUCUCUGACUCCUCGUCUUUCUACCUCCAUUGGAAGCUCGAAUCUCGAUGGCAAUGGACGAUACCCUCUGGAGGAGUCUAACAAUUUUUUAAAUCCCACUCAAGCCGGGUAUAAAUGGCGCUUGGUUUUGGCCUACGAUGGAACCAAUUAUGCAGGCUGGCAAUAUCAGCUGUCCCCCCCAACCAUACAAUGCGCUGUGGAAAACGCUUUAACUCGAGUUACCAAGCUAGAUAGAAAGGAUCUCUGCUUGGUUGGUUCUGGCAGGACGGAUAGAGGAGUUCAUGCAUGGGGUCAGGUUGCACACUUCACCACACCAUUCAACUAUGACAGCUUGGAAGAGAUUCACGCAGCUCUGAAUGGCCUUCUUCCUUCUGAUAUCCGAGUUAGGGAGAUUAGCCCAGCAUUGCCUGAAUUCCACGCUCGAUUCUCUGCAAUAAGUAAGGUUUACCAUUACAAGAUAUACAAUGAUACCAUCAUGGACCCAUUUCAACGGCACUUUGCUUACCAUAGUGCCUAUAAACUCAAUAGCGCUGUCAUGAGAGAAGCUGCGAAAUAUUUUAUUGGGAAGCAUGACUACUCUGCCUUUGCCAAUGUAUCCCACAAUGAUCGGGUUCCAGAUCCAGUGAAGGAAAUAUUCAGAUUUGAUGUGGUAGAUAUGGGAGCUCUUUUGCGGCUAGAAGUUGAAGGCUCAGGUUUCUUAUACAGACAAGUACGAAACAUGGUGGCUCUGUUGCUUCAAAUCGGCAAAGAAGCAAUUCCUCCUGACAUUGUCCCCAUGAUUUUGGAAUCUCGAGACCGCAAGGAGCUGGCAAAGUACGCAUUGUCUACUCCACCUCAUGGCCUUUGCCUUGUAUCUGUCAACUACAAUGAAAGUCACUUAUUAAUUCCACCAGGUCGCCCUGCUGGCAGUUUUGGUAGGCAUCAUAGUGUUACAAAAUGUAAGCUUCCGUUCUAUUAACAAUAUUCAGCAGCCUAUGAAAUGAUGAGACUUCAAAAACGGUGCCCCAUUGAAUUUGCAGAUAUGAUGCACACAAUUUAUCUCGUGGUCGUAUCUGUGUCAAUAUUGAUGUUUCUUGAUUAGGAACAAAAGGAAGAUCCCAUUUGUAGGAACUACGUUUUGACGUAUAUUUGAUUGUGCCUGGGGCCUGGAAUAGGAAUUUGACUUCUGGGUUUGUUUCCAAGAUAUAAUUUCGAGUGAAGUUCCAUAUUUGUUUAAUUCAAUGAGUAUAAAUUUAAUCAUUUACUUUUAA